AGGGGUCAAGUGAAGUGAGUGAAAUUUAAUAGUUGGCGGAGAGAAUGGGAAGAAAGCCGUGCUGUGAGAAGGUAGGAAUGAAGAAGGGGCGCUGGACGGCGGAGGAAGACCAGAUUCUCUCCGACUACAUUAAGUCCAACGGCGAAGGUUCAUGGCGUUCUCUUCCCAAAAAUGCCGACCUCAAGAGAGGAAACAUAACUCCCGAAGAAGAGGACCUCAUUGUUAAAUUGCAUUCCACUUUGGGAAGCAGGAAACCAACUGUCACUACUGUAGUCGAGAAUGCGCCUCCGCCUCCGAAGCGUAGACCCGGAAGAACCAGCAGAUCCGCCAUGAAACCCAAAUUUAUCCCAAACCCUAAAAACCACAAAAACCCUAAUUCUUUAAAGGCAAGCAAAAACGACAUUGUUUUGCCAACUACAACAAUAGAGAAUGGAGUGGGAGAAAAAGAAGACGCGUUAAUGGGGUUGUCAAGUAGUAGCUUAAGUGGAGCCAAGGAGCCUGGUUUAAGACCAUGUGGCUAUGGAGACGAUGGUUAUUGUAACCCAAGCAUUGAUGGGGACGUUGGAGUUUUGUCUCUCAAUGAUGAUAUUUUCGAUUCUUGUUUUCAAUUGGACGAGCCUUAUGCUGUCCACGUGUCCUCAUGUGAGUCGAACAGCGUAAAAAACUCUGAGCCAUAUGGAGGGGUCUCCGUUGGGCACAAAAAUAUCGAAUCGAUGGCUAACGACUUCGCUGACUGCAGGGACUUUGUAUGGAGAGAAGGUGAAACCCUUUGGGACGAAAAAGAGGAUCUUGAUUCGGUUUUGUCGUGGCUGUUAAAUGGAGAGGAAAUGGAAUCUGAGACCAGACAAAGGGGCCCCAACGACUUUGGAGAACCGUUGGAUCUUGACGAAGAAAAAAAGAUGGCUGCUUGGCUUUUGUCUUGAAAGAUUUGGCACCAUGCAUACGCUUUUUUCUCCGUUAGAUUUUAGCAAAGGUCCCCAUGGCAGGAUCUGGUCGGUUUUGUGAAUAGAACAUGUUUUUUUUU